UUCUGAUUGGUCCAUUGCCUUCGCGCGACCGUUAUCCUUCUUCUUGGCUGUGCCUCGCGCGGUGGGUCAGAUUCCGAACAAGAGGGAUAAAUUAAUUUUUAAUCGCGAACGGAGUGUUGAAAAUAUUGAAGAUGUGGAAGACAGAACGGAUUCUGCAUCGCAUUGAGAAAUCAGCAAGCAUGGCCAGAACCCAGAACCGGAUCCAGAUGACGGCAGUUACUUGAGAUGUCGUGAGGUAAGUCAGGAUGAAGAUAGGUAAGUUUUUGAACAAUUACUAAAGCUUGCGCGGUAGAAAUGAAUGAUAAUUGACAUAUAACGAAAUGAAUGAGCCUACAAGCCAUGAUAAAUGUUAUUAAUAUUUUUCUGUAAAAAUAUAAAAUGGAGCAGGUUAAAUUAUAUAUUCGAUACUGUACACUUUUUCUUUUUAAUGAGAGAAAUUGUGGUUAAAAAAUGAACUCAAAAUAAUUUGUGCAACCUGUGAUACGAAUUCUUUAUCAGAUCGUACUUAUAGAAGCUUUCAUUCUAAAGUGUUUGAAACACGACAAAGUUCUGUAAUGAAUCGUGUGAGUGAUAUGAGAUAGGACUUUCAUAAUAUAAAGCAACUUACAGGUUGUAAGGGUAAAAAAUAUCAUUUUUCAUAAAAAAAAUUUACCGUGUUGCAUGCAAAAUUAUACAGGGUGAGUCAGAUAAAAUGUUAAGAACUAUUAUCGCGGAAAGUGUAACAGCUAUCGACCUAAUUUUUUUUUUAAUUAAGGUGCACAAAGCACCCGAGUGUGUGGUGUAUACAAAUUUUUUUUAAGUGACUGCUGGAAGGACAAUAAACUGACAUCUUAUUUUUAAGUUCAAUGAACUUAAGGCCCCUCGAGUCUUCGGCAAUGAAUUUCAGAAAAGAUUGACGCUACUAUUUCGUUAAAAAUGUGUGUGAAGUAUGUAAUGAACAUAUUCUAGUGUGUGGAAGUAUCAUUUUGGCAUCAUCCUGGUAAUUAAAAAGUUAUCAGAUAUAAUAUGCAAGGUGUGAAAAAAAGUGAUUGACAUGUUUAUAAUGAAAAUGAACUAUGAUAAUGAAUUACUGUGAAGUUCGUGCGUUGUGCUCUGUGUGAAUGACAUCUACUUUCUUGGUGGAUCCAAGGAUGUCCUGCUCAAAACCAUACCGUACACCUGUUCUUUCCGGAAAGAACCCUGGUGGAGAUGAACGCGAUCGAUUUUUUCGAUCGCGUGAUUCUCGAUGAAUUGAUGCGUCUGUUACAGGUACAUCUGGAGCAUAGCCAACCGUCCUCAGUUUCACAAUGCAAUAGGAUUUGAGCGGUAAGCUUUGCUUUUCUCGCUCUCCUUUCAUUGUUUCUUCGAUAACAACACGCCGCCAGCAGCAGCAAAGGAUUCUGAUGUGUUUGUAUUUCUUGAAAAAAAAAAUGUAGUUUUGAAAGUAAAAUGGCAGAGUACUACGUAAAUUAUUGCAUGAGUGUAAUUCAACCUUCUUACUGCUGUGAUAAAAAACAUUUAACAGUUGUGAUUAAAUAAAUGCUUUACUUAUUUUUUUUAUUUAAGUUGCUUUUAUUAAACUGAAUAAGUUUUUUUGAACCGUUUUUUGAUAUUUUUUAUAGUUAACCAUUCAUAACAAACAGAAUAUUUAACGGUCGAAUACGCAAGAAGAAUUAAAACAGACGUGUUUUGUUUUAAAAUUUAUGUUAUUAAAUUUUGAGAACGACGAAUAUUCUGAAUUAAAGUGUUGAUCGUAUAUUAUUCACGAUGAAGCUUUUAAUUUUAGAAAUUAUUAUUCAAAAGUAGGCAAAAGAUUCGGGACACAAAUUUUUAUUAAAAAAUUGGCUAUUACAAUGACGUCGUAAUUCCUUUAUUGUUGAAUAUAUCAUAGUGACGUUAUGUUUCUAAAGUGUUCAGUCUUCAGUAUUAAAUGUUUAAGAAUAAAUGUAAUGGCGUUAGAAUUUUGAUUAAAAGAAAGAAGUAUCGUUUAAAAAGGAGCCAGUACAGUAUUUACAGAGGUAUCGGGCACGUUCUCUUACAACGUUCGCAUAAGUAACGAUCUUCGAGCAAUAGCUUACCCGCACCCUACCAUUAGGUCUAAGUAUUUAUGGGCUCAUUCAUUUCGUUUUAUGUUUCAAUUUGGACGCAUUGAUACUUGUUUGUUUACGUGUAAGCUGCCACUCAUUCAUUCGGCUACUCCAACCACUUCUAACCAACCGUUAUUAUCCCCUUUGUAGUGGCAAAUACACUUUCUUCAUUACUUCGCGUUACUUCGAUAUCCUAUUAUUAUUGUAUAUUGCUUACUACUCUUUAUCUCGAUAACACAUUAAUGAGCGGCAGUUUUACGCGUUUGUUAUAUUGUUUAAUAUCUGAGUUAUAUGAAUGAUUGAAAACGGGCCUGGUUUCCAUUAAAUGUACGUCUUUUCAAUAUUUUCGACGAAUACAGUACAGUAUCUAUAUCUUAUUUGUAUAUUGUAUGAAUUUCAACAAAGUUCGACGUUACUAUGUAUUUUCGUUAAAAAUGUGUGUGAAAUAUAUGAAGUCAUUAAAGGUAUGACUUCUCAAUUUAUUCGACGAUUACAGUGCAGAAUAUACUGUGUGUAUGUUAAACUAGAAAACCGGCAGGCGAACUACAGGUGAAUGCCGAAGGCAAGACAUGAACAACAUGCGCAAUUUUGAAGCGCUUGAACUCUUGAAUCGACAAGUCAACACCAGUUUCUGAAUGAAUGUGCAUCAAUAAACUCUUUUGAAAAUAUCUCGAAAUCUAAUCCAUGUUGACCUAUUUUCGCCAAUUGUUUGGAAAACUAGAGACUGAGACCUUUACAUUGACACCCAGCAUGUCCAAAAAGUAUGAAGGAUAAGGUCAGGAGAAUGGCAAUAAAAAAGGUAACAACGAGAAACGGGGUCAGUGGGAGAGAGAACCGAAGGCCCGAAUGAAUUUCAAAAAAGAUUGACGCUACUAUUUCAUUAAAAAUGUGUGUGAAGUAUGUAAUGAACAUAUUCUAGUGUGUGAAAGUAUCAUUUUGGCAUCAUCCUGGUAAUUAAAAAGUUAUUAGAUAUAAUAUGCAUGGUGUGAAAAAAAGUGAUUGACAUGUUUAUAAUGAAAAUGAACUAUGAUAAUGAAUUACUGUGAAGUUCGUGCGUUGUGCUCUGUGUGAAUGACAUCUACUUUCUUGGUGGAUCCAAGGAUGUCCUGCUCAAAACCAUACCGUACACCUGUUCUUUCCGGAAAGAACCAUGGUGGAGAUGAACGCGAUCGAUUUUUUCGAUCGCGUGAUUCUCGAUGAAUUGAUGCGUCUGUUACAGGUACAUCUGCAGCAUAGCCAACCGUCCUCAGUUUCACAAUGCAAUAGGAUUUGAGCGGUAAGCUUUGCUUUUCUCGCUCUCCUUUCAUUGUUUCUUCGAUAACAACACGCCGCCAGCAGCAGCAAAGGAUUCUGAUGUGUUUGUAUUUCUUGAAAAAAAAAAAAAUGUAGUUUUGAAAGUAAAAUGGCAGAGUACUACGUAAAUUAUUGCAUGAGUGUAAUUCAACCUUCUUACUGCUGUGAUAAAAAACAUUUAACACUUAUGAUUAAAUAAAUUUUGUACCAAAUGAGUGAACAAUUUGUCACCUAACAGUUUGUCUCCGUAUAAGUACGAUUUUCACGCGUAAAAGAUAUUAACUCAGUUAUUCAUCACACACUUUUAAUUGCAAAUGGGUUAUGCAAAUUAUUAUGUUUCGUCGCGGCGAAAUAGAACUUGUUAAGUCGACAAUGGAAACCAGGCUCCGAAGUGUAUGAUUUAACACGAUACCGUGUAGAAUGCGUGUUGUUAAUAUUUAAAACGAGGACUCAGUUAACCGAGCAGCUGGCUCGUCCAAUUAUCUUUCAUCGAUUUAUUUCUGCAUGCAAAGUAACGUUUCUGAUCACGACGGGAUGAUUUGAACGACGGUAUUAAGUAUAGGUGUUAGUCGGUAAUUUCGACGUUUUGUCCGGCUUACAGCUGUGACGAGAAAGUGUAAACGUCCUGAAUGGAAUGUAUGAACGCGCCUUAAUGUUUUGUGCCCUGCUGGACCGGUUACCCAACCGGUAAGGCAGGCAGCGAUCAAGCUUAACGAGUCCUCGAGUUGUGUUUAAAUAAAUUAGACUCCAAUUACGUCGAUGUAGGUGAUGUCUUCAAUGUUUUUCUUUUCUUGUACAUUAUAUUGUUUAUUUUUGAGACUUCAUUUUUCAGCGACAAGACAGACUAACCAAAGGUGCUAAACUGUUUGUGAAUGUUGAUCCGUUCAGUUAUUCGAACAUUUACGUCCUGCUUGAAGAUUAACGAGUGCAGCUGCACGAAAAGGAUUGGCAACGGCAAUAUACAUUUUCUCUUGGCACUUCUACAUUAGAAGCGCGACACUGGAAUUUCUAUUUGAACACGAAGCGCAAUCAGGAAAAUGUUUCGGUAUCGUACAAGUGUCUGUGACGGGAGUGAAUUUCUGGUUGGACCGAAAAUAUCGGCUGUGAAAAGUGUAGAGAACUGCGAAAGAUAUUUUGCAGUUAGGUGAUACGGCAGGAAACCGCCAGAUGGCAAAGAGGACUUCUUCCGUGUCCUUGCCACUUGAUCCUGCUGAUGUACUAAGGAUCGAUAUGUAUACUUGUGGGUAUCUUUUUAACAACUGUGAUUAAAGCUGUGCAAAGUGAAAUUUUACGUCUAUCGAUGAAACGAAAUUAAGUGAUGUGUGUUGGAUAAACUUUUCCAGUCCAGUCCUGUUAAGCAGAGAAUAUUGUAGAUUUUUUAUUACGGACUUAAAGACUAUCGUGAUUUAUUGCCGAUCUAUCGGCAAAACCAUUUUUAACCAUGUAUACACACUUUAGUUCUCUUUCUUUUUUUUUAACGUAAUGCAAAACGUGUACUCUGCUUCAAUGCACCGCCGAAGUACGCCAUUAUUAUCUACCGCCGCGAGUGCCCCUAUAUCACAGGUUGAUCCCCAAGAGUUUCGAUUCGCGCGAAUAACGACGAGAAUCGUGCUUAUCUGAAAUUCUGACGCUCGUUCAUGAUCGAAUAUUCAUCCUUGGUCUCCCUGGGGAGGCGGAGGGAGGAGGCUAUAAGAAAGCAAAAGAGAAAGAAACGAGUAGGGAACGCACAGUAGGGUUUAAAGGGGGGAAGAAAGAAAGACCAACCAAAAUGAGAGUCCAAGCAGUGCGUUGAACCAUGGCCGGAGGAGAGACCAGAAGAGCCAAAGCCACUGGAGCGAUGAAGAAUGGAUGCUGGUUUAGCAAGAGUACAGAUUUGUUCGACUCGGGUGCAACGGCCUCUUUGCUUUCGUGUCCAUCUUCCCGUUGCUAUAGCUACGCCCUCUAAUACCUCCCACCAUCUUCGAAUAUUUCUUCUGUUUUGGUUUUGUUUGAAAUCCAUAAGGAAAAUGUCGAUCAUCCAUUUUGACUUGCAUGCUAUCGUUCCUUCUUGAUGAUAUUCUCUGAUACAUGGUUAGAUUUAUUGAUGGCAAUAUUUGACCGUGAAAAUUAAUGAAUGCUUUCGGUGAAAUGAAGGCAAUACCAGAGCAAUAUUUAAGAUUAAUGUAAGCAGUUGUAAUAUUUUCGAAGAGUGAGUUAAACCAUUUAAAUCUGAAAAAGUUUCUUGAUUGUACGAAGCACAUUGUAGUCUUCUCUUUCUUACCGUUUAUCUCAUUUUGUGAAACGAACAUCGAAUAGAAGCAUUUAUAACAUUAGUUGGAUGACGGUUGAGCUUGUAACUGUGACAGAAAACAAGAAAAAACAACUUGUAAUAGUCAUGAAGCCAUCAUAUAAUUGUCGGCAGCAGCUACAGAGAGUGUCCGGUUUUGUGAGAACAACCUUGGUCAUUAAAUAAACCCCUUUUGGUGGUUGGCUGGUUAUCUUCAAUGGCGUUUUAAAAGGGGCAUUUAGGCCCAUUUUGGCUACCCACACAGCCCCUGACACCCUUCCCCCUUCUUCGGCGUUAUGGUGGCUCUCUUCACGCCCCCACCAUAUUCGACACGCGUCCUACCAAGCUAUAAGCUUAAAGGCCCUGACUUUUACGAUUCUGUUCAAGUGGUCAUAAAACCGGAGUUUAUUGCCGUCAUGAUUUUCAAGCAAACGGGCUGCCACCUGUCGGAGUCCCACAAAAGCGAAAACUGCAUCGAGUCACUUCAUCAAGGGCUCCAUCAAUCCGGGCAUUUGAUGAUUACUUUGACGAGUCGUAAAUCUUUUUCGAGACGUUAACAAACGAAAUAUAUAAUACAUAACAUUUUCUACUUGAAUACGGUAUUAUGCAAAAUGUUUAUUUUAAAAAUUGAAAUUUGUAACUUUUCUGAAACAUGCACAAAGUAUAUUUAUUUAUGUUGUAAAACGUAGCAUAUGUUAAAUGUACAUACACAACACAUAACGAAAGCAGUAAAUGAGCUGCAACUAUUAUUGUGAACAAAGAGCGAUAUCUUCGUAAAUGGUUGUAAAAAGUAAUAAAUGAUGCGAGCCCUAGGUGUAAUGUAGUCGUGUGUUAGUUUUGAAUAAUCUUUUGUUAACAUUAUUAUUCUAAGAAACGGGAACGUUUAAACUGUUUUUUCGAGACACGCGCGAAGUAGUAGGCGGGUUGUGUCCUAAACAUUCAUAAUGGCAAAAGUGAGCGAGCAAAUAGUCUGGUCCGGUCCCUGAGAGCAGCUUAUGAUGGGCAUUACUCGGCUCGUUACGGAAUAAUUUACGAGGUGCGAACCGCGGGGGCGAUAAUCCAGCGACAUUUACAUCCCAAUAAACAUUCCCGAUACUGGUGCGGCGCGCGCCACGGUGCUUACUCGCUUCCCUCACGGAGGAGCUCACUUUUACGGCGUUUUAAUUGUACGACCGUAGUCUAAUUGGUUCGUAAAACGCUAAAGUAUCUCGUAAAAGACGUUUAUGAUAACAUUCGUGUCGCUCGUACUCACAAUCGCGUCAUCAUCGAACCAUCGGACAGGCUCGAACCGGACCGGUUCAGCUGGAAUCGGAACUUACAGGGAUGGGACGUGCCUCGUGCCUACGAAAUAUAUACUUUCCCUGUUUAUCUUUCCUUUCUCUGUCUCUCUUCGUAGCUUGUCUAUCAAACGAUCGCACGUAAGAGUCAAUUCGCAAGACCGCUUUCACCAAUAACGAUAAUCGCAAGGUGCCUCGUUGAUGUUGGUCGUUUGAACGUCUGAAUGGAUCUGGCAACGUUAGUUCGUGAUGAAACUCAGAGGUGGCGGUGCACGUAUCCCCACGAACGGAUAGAUCGCGGAGAGGGAAGGAGCGGCAAGGAAGAGGAAAGGAAACAUUGCGUGACGCGCGUGGCGUGCAGCUUUCGUUCUACCGUACGGCAGCCGACCGUGUCUGUAUCCACGGUUGCUCGCGCGUUUUCACUGGUGGGGGUAACGCGGGGCGGCGCCUAACCAGUCAUGGGCGUCGUUCCAACUUGGAACUACUUUCACAUAGUGUAGGAAUUUUCGUGCUGUGGCGGCGCGGUACUCGUGACGAAUUCAAUUCUGAUUGGUCCUUAAGCAUAACCUCCUCCCUUGGCACCCUGUUUUCUUCCCCCUUCCGUUCAGUACCAACGACGCGUGAUCGUACUUCUUGUCUCUCUCUUAGCUGCUGCAAUUUCGCGUCUUUCUUUCUCUCAUUUUCUUUUUAGUUUCUUUUUUUACCUGUUUCGCUCUUCGUCUUUCCCUUUUUUUCGGCGCGGCUCGAAAUCUUACUUUUACACCAGUCUUUUCGUUACUCCUUCCUUGGUCAAUUUCAAAGCUUUAUAUUUUUUUUUAAUUUUUCGACCUUUUUAUCUUACGUACAUGUUUUCGUUUACUGUCUUGUCCAUUAGGACGCGUCGAAUCUUAUGUAGCCCGGCAAGCACCGAAGUACGAAUUUAAUCUCGCGGCACGUCGUUGAGUUGCUCGAGCGGUCGACAGGGGGCUUCGUGAAAUCUAAUCGGGAGAAGGAAAAAGAGAGACAGCCGAAGAAAGUGGAAGAGACAAAACGAGACGCAUCGUCUAGAGGUGGAGCGAGAUGGAAUGAGAGGGUGAGUGAGCAAACGUGGAGGGGGCGUUAUAUGCGGGGGAGGGAGAGAACAGCGAUGACGGAGCAAGUGAGAGGAGUUGGUUAUCGCAUUGGAGAGGGGGUCGACACGCGAAAGACGAGGAGGAAAGUAGUGGUGGGUUCCUCGUCGACACAUAGCACACCGUGGAAGAGUGUGUGCGCACAAGCGAGAAGGAGCGGUCAGAAGGAAGAGAGGGAAUGAUAGUGGAAAAGAGAAAGAGAAGAAACGAGGGCUGAUGGGAGAGAGAGAGGGAAAUUGGUUGUGGAAACAGGAGAACCCGAUGGUGAAGGAGAGAGACGAAAGGAGACGAACGAGCGAGCAAGAGACAGAGGACGGUACAGAGUGGCGGUACACGGGGCGCGAGAAAAGCGGUAGUGUGCCGUGGACCACCGCACUGGCAUACCGUGGUUCGUUACGAUCCCCUUCGUACGUCGCUUCAUACUGAACCUCACAGUCGUCAGCGAAGUCACAUUUCGACUAGUGCUAGUGCAGUGCGGACAGAGUCAGCGAUUCCUUUGGUCCUUUUAAAAGAUCGACCGGCCGACUUUUCGAGACACCCUGGGCCCCGUGCCUGACUGAUCAGAAAUCAUACACGCAUUAUCGAAAGAUAAAGGAAAAGAAGGAGAGGUGUCCGCGAGGGAGAUCGUCGCGUGCCGGCCGACCGAACCGUCGACGGGCGCGCACGCGGUAGAAAGACCCACAGAGGCAGUUUUAUAGCUCGUCUUAUUACCCCGGUUUAUUGCGUCGUAACGAUUUAACGAUCAUCGCCCGUUUCUACCACCUAGACCGCCGGUUUACACUCGUGCCGGUAGCGAUAACCAUAACAAGUCCAUAAAAGCCCCCGCCGCUGCCAUGAGUCCCAUUCUGAAUUACACUCCUACGGCCUACUGACAUUGACACUUUGGGUAAAACCGCUUCUACCUACCGAUGACUUUUAUGACCACUUGAAACGGUUUAAUGCCCGUUUGCUUGUCCCUUGUCGACGCUGUCACCUGUCGCCCAGCCGCGUCAAACAGCGUAUCGGUGCUCAACGUGACGCGCUUGCCUUUCGACUUUUGGCGCGAAUUUGCGGAACAUAGAACCAGAACAAGACGAUUUUCGUUGUUAUUCGUGGGACGAUUGGGUUGGUGAACAAACCUAGCUCGAAUCGAUCACAUCGGAGCAUGGACUAGUAUCGGUCGUGACUAGCCACGCGUGUGUGUGCUCUUGACACUUUACGAACUACAAACAGUUCACGAGGUUACCUGCAAAACUCACCGUCUAUCGCUUUGUUUCUCGAGUGUCGGUGUUUCAGUGCAAGUGAUUCAAAAUACCCGGGAUAAUGAACUCCUAUUUUGAGCAGACUGCGGGUGGCUUCUACGGAAGUCACCACCAUCAAACAGGAGCUGCUAGUCAGCACCAUGAUCCGGCUACAGCAGCGGCAUACAGAAGUUUCCCACUUGGUUUGGGCAUGUCUCCCUACGCAUCCACGCAACAUCAUCAUCACACCUCGUCGUCAUUGGGAAUUCAUCCGGGUGGAGGCACCAAUACGAGACCACCGCAAGAUUCACCAUACGACGCGAGCGUCGCGACGGCCUGCAAACUCUACUCGACGACACCUGAAGCGACCGGGCACACCACAUCCUCGUACUCGACCACAGCAACUAAGGACUGUAAGCAACAAGAUCAAGCUGCGGCUCAUCAGAAUGGUUAUGCUGCUGUGAUGGCAGCCGCAGCUGUCAAGGACGUUUGGCAGUCAGCGACUUCCGGGGCGAACAGCCAGAGCAAUUCGGUCGUACGUCCUUCGGCGUGUACCCCAGAAGGUACGAGGGUUGGUAGCUAUGGUGGUCUCGUAGGCGGCGACCCGGCAUCGAGUCCUGGUAACAACAGUUCCUCGAGGUCCCUCACGUCGUCCUGGAACACCUGCAGUUUGAACUCGUCCGCGAGCCAACCGGUUGCCACGCAACUACAUCAGCAACCUACCGCCAACCAUACCUUCUACCCCUGGAUGGCUAUAGCAGGUAAGGAAGAUAAUGCUAAGCCGCAUUGGACAUGGUUGCAAGGAGCGAACGGAAUGCGCAGGCGCGGCCGACAGACCUACACGCGCUACCAGACGCUCGAACUCGAAAAAGAAUUCCACACGAGCCACUACCUCACCAGGCGGAGGCGGAUCGAGAUGGCACACUCUCUCUGCCUGACGGAACGGCAGAUCAAGAUCUGGUUCCAGAAUCGGCGGAUGAAGCUGAAGAAGGAGUUACAGGCGAUCAAGGAGCUGAACGAACAGGAGAAGCAGGCGCAGGCGCAGAAGGCAGCAGCAGCAGCGGCCGCGGCUGCGCACCAGCAGCAAGCGGCCGGUGGGGGACCGGAUGGGGCCAACUAGGGGUACGCCCUGCACCGGAGCCCCCCUGACCACCCCACCACCAAUCCACACCACCCUCUGCUAGCACCACAAUGUACACAGCUAUAUUAAAGGUGAGUGGCAGGUUGCAUCCACUGUCUCUGUAAUGCCAAAUAGAUGGCCGAUGUGCGUAUCUGUCGAUCGUCAAUUUAUCGGUUGCGGCGAAUCGGAUGCUGCACCCGGUGAGUGACGAACCCGCCUCUCGCUCCCCUGCGCCAGCACCACCACCACCCCCAUGGAAACUCCUGUAGCUCACUUUGACCAAUAUUCCCGCAGACCAAUCAGUAUCCAAGUGCACAGAGAGACGUUCGUACAAGCCUGGUAUUGUCGUAGUUGUGCCCCAUCCCAACCCCCUUCUGCUCUCUCUAUCUUAUAGUUUCUGCUUAGCGUGCAGUAGUGUGUAGAUAGAGGGGGGUGAGUUACAGGAGUAAGCUACAUUCUUACGGACUUUCUGUCGCGUCCACGGAACGGACGGGAGACAAACGUGGAAAGAAACGAAGAAGAAAUCGAGGACGACUAUGAACCGGGGAUUGUUCCGGUUCCUUGUUGGUUCGUUGUUUGUGUGGUGCGAUGCGAUAAGGGUGCGCGCAAACUCUAAAACCUAAAUACGUAAUGAAAAGGCUAAGAGAUAACUAGUAAGUUAACGCUUGGGAAAUAAGGAAGUAUCCUUGAGUGUCGACGACGAAGGAGAGGUUAUUAAAGAUGAUCAUCGUCAUCAUUAGGAGAUGGGGAUUUUGAAUGAACAUAGCCACGCGUUUCCCGGUGACAAUUUCUUCACGCAAAAGUUAUGUACAAAAUGAUGAAAAAAGAAUAUUCCCCCCUUCUCUGUUUGGUUCGUUUUCUUCGAGUCCUUCUGUUGUUUUCUCGCUCGGCGAUACAACCCUUUCGAAGCGUAUCAUGCUAUGACUGCUGUUGAUGUUAUGUUUUUGUUAAAUUUUUUUUAAUUAUUAUUAUUAUUGUCUGCAGAACGACAUCAUAACACGCCUCUGUCGUGGCCGUGUUUCGAGCACAGCCUUACUUCAGUAUUGAAAAUAAAGAAAAGGUGGUGCACUGAUACAGUGGAUACGGUACACGAUAGGAACGUGUUACUUUCGAUCGGUACAAAGUAUAUAUGUUGAUGUUCGAUAAUUUUGUUAAAUAUUAUAUAGAAACGUUUAUGCGACGCGUUGAGCUCUCUGCACGCGCUGAAAUAGAGUGCGGAGCUGAUACAGUCCUCACGAGUCGAAUUGUAGCUUAUAUUUUCCAUUUGAGAUUCGUUUUCUCUCGUGCUCUUCAGUUUCUUCUGCUGUGUGUUUCUUCUCGUACUAUUCAGUUAUUUCCACUGUUCGUUUCGUACUCGUCAGUUUCUUCCGCUAUUCGUUUCCUUUCGUACUCUUUAGUUUCUUUUGCAGUUCGUUUUAAUUUUCUCCCUUCUCUCUAUUUAUCUGUUUUACACACACACAUACACACACGCAUUCUCUUUCUCUCUCUCCUCCUCGUUCUCUCUCUCUCACUUCGAUUCGUGAAGCAGGAGAAAAAAACAAAACGAUAGAUUCUACGAGCAAGAAUAUUACAUUGUACGUACCUACCUAGUACCUAUAGUCGCCUACCCAGACACGAAGUGUACGUGUGGCGCUAUCCUAAGGCAGUAACAACUAUUCUAGUAAAUGAAUGUAUACGAAUAGCCGCUAAGAGACACGCAGGAAGUAAUAGGUAAACGCAGUAUUUUUAAGAGGAAUGUAAUGUUAUUAAUUAUUUAUUUCGUGGAUCUCGGAGAUGUGGGAAGGAAAAAAAGAAAGGAACAAAAUUAAAAAGAAAAAAGGAAAUAUUUUGUCGCCUCUUGUUUAUGCUGUUACGCACGCGCGCGUGUGUGUAGGCCUGUGUUUAAGAGGGGCAGUAGCCGUACGUGUGAACCCCGUGCGUGGCGGACAUUUUGUGUGAACGUUUGCAAGAUGGCAAAAGCAGUAGAAAGGGAAAUAGGAACAGCAUCCUCUGUUGUAACAUAUUAGGGUAUCGAUUGUUUACCAAUCUGGAUCCUGAUUUUAUGUAAUCCGCGAGAGCGACCAGGGCCGUGCCUGCUGCCUAUUUCACAAGCCUUGUACGUAAGGAACGCACAACGCUUGUACGCAGAUUUUUUAGGGGCGGUUGCUGUUCUGAACGCUAUUGUAACAUUACCUUGAUUAUACAAUUGCUAAGGUAAAAAAGAAAAAAGUUAAAAAAAAAAGA